AUGCACUUCCUUCGCCGCCAGGGGAAGUGUGUCAUCCGCUCCGACCGCAUGAACCUCUACGCGUACUGGCGAGACGCGAUGACGAGUGGCGUCCCCAACGCCGAGAAAUGGAUCGCCCCCUGGACCCGCGAGACGGCUUUGUUCCUGCUCAACGACAAAGUCCGCCGCGACGCGCUCCGCGCCUGGAACUACAGCGCGAAGCCGUACCAAGGUGUGCACCUCGACCACCGUGCCACCAUCGACAAGGUCAAAGCCGACCAGAGCCUGGACUCGAGAUGGGCCUCGUGGAAGGCCACCACCGCCGCCUUCCGGGCCAACCAGAUCGCCAAGGGCACCGCCGCUGCCGCCCUCGACGAAGAGAUGGUCAACAUAAAGGUCGAGACCGGCCUCGAAGGAUCGUCCGGCUAG